GCCGGGGCGGCGCCGGGGGCAGAGUCCAUCGCGGGGAGCCGGCGGUGAGGGGGAGCCCGUUACAGGCGCUGAAGAUGCCGCUGGGUCUGAGGGGCAAGAAGAAGGACAGGUCCAAGGAGACCUCUAAGCUGGUGGAGAGCGAGGCGGCAGUCCAGGCCCCCCCGGCGGCGGUGGCGGUGGCGGCCCCGGCGGCGAGCGCGUCGCGGCUGCAGUUCCACACGCAGCUGGCGCACGGCAGCCCCACGGGCCGGGUCGGGGGCUUCGGCAGCGCCCGGGAGCUCUACGCCAAGAUCGCCGAGGUUUUCGACAUCGACCCCGCCGAGAUCAUGUUUUGCACUUUGAACACUCAUAAAGCUGAUAUGGACAAGCUCUUAGGUGCACAAAUUGGCCUUGAAGAUUUCAUAUUUGCCCACGUAAAAGGAAGACGAAAAGAAGUGGAAGUCCUUAAAACUGAUGAACUGCUUGGGCUUACCAUUACAGACAAUGGAACUGGCUGUGCAUUUAUAAAGCGAAUCAAAGAAGGUAGCCUUAUGGACCAAACCAAAAUCGUCUGCGUGGGGGAUCACAUAGAGACUAUAAAUGGAAAAAAUGUGUCAGACUGUCGGCAUUAUGAAGUUGCCAGAAUGCUAAAAGACCUGGAGAAAGGUCAGAUGUUUAAGCUGGAGUUGAUAGAGCCUAUGAAAGCAUUUGAAAAGCUGGAAGCAAGAUCCAAAGGUGGAACUCUGCCAGAGGCUAAAAUCUCCAGAGGGAGAGAAACACUUCGGCUGAGAACCAAAGGCCCUGCUACUGUGGAAGAAAUGCCAACUGCAGUUGAAGAAAAAGCUAUUAAAAAAGUGGAUGAGCUUCUUGAAACAUACAUGGGGAUAAGAGAUAUUGAAUUAGCUGCAACAAUGGUGGAAGCUGGAAGAGACAAGAAAAACCCGGAUGAAUUUGCAGUAGCAUUGGAUGAAACUCUGGGUGACUUUGCAUUUCCAGAUGAGUUUGUCUUUGAUGUAUGGGGAGCAAUAGGUGAUGCUAAGCAAGGACGACUGGAAUGAGAACUGUGCAGUUUAUCAAUCCCCGUUUGAAAAUACAAAAUGAUUUUCAAAUAUGUACAUCAGAAUUUUAAUAGUUUUAUUGGUGUGAAUCCAGGGUGCUCUGUAUAAGUAUUCUUACCUGAAACUUUCUUUUGCAAAGGAAGGUUUCUAACAGAAAUAUGAAGAUAAACCCAAAGUUCUGACAACUGCACAGUUAAAACGUUUAAUUUACAGGCAGAAAUCACUGUGAGGAGUGUGUCAAGGAGAUGUAUUUAUACAGACAUUUUAUGAAAAUUAGGUAUUUUUUAUUGUACAUACACUUUGAUAUCAAUUUUCUGAAGAGUGUUAAUCAUAUGCAACAAAGAGUUUGGAUUAUGUUAUCUGUUCUUUAGAAAGGUGUAUAGACUAUUUGAAAAACUACCUAGCUACACGCUGCAGUUCCUGCAGGUCUUCUGCUGUCCUUAUGUAUUCGCAUACACAAAGAACUGUGGAAAACCUAAAGCCUUAGAUUUUCUUACAGUUUGGCCUGGCUAUAGUAUUUUCUGUGGACAGAAGUGGGAAGAAGCUACCCUUUUUUCCUGAGCCCAGGAAGAAAAAAAAACAUUUCCUCUGAAAUGUGAGAACUAAGAUCUUUGAAUGAAAAAGACUUGCUUUCACUUGAGUCAUAAUACAAACUCUCUGGGUAUUACUGAGUUGAGUAAGUAAAGUAGAAGUGCUUAAACCAGGAAGCUGCUGCUUUGUUCAGAUGCCAUAUUAUUGCAAUAGCAACUGCAUAGGAAGAAACAAAUGUUAAUUUUGAUUACUGUUCAUAUAUUUGAAUAAUAUCUGUGAUUUGGCGCUGGAGACU